AUGAACUAUGUAAGAAAUGGUAGUUUAAGACAAUAUUUAAAUAAUAAUUUUAAUUCAUCAAAAUGGGAGAAUAAGUUGGAUAUUUUAAAAAAUAUUACACGUAACAUCGAAUAUAUUCACGAAAAUGGGUUAAUUCAUCGUGAUUUUCAUUGUGGCAAUAUAUUAAAAGAAGAUACAAUUACUGUGAUUACUGAUUUGGGAUUAUGUCGACCAGUAAAUGUAAAACCAUCCCAAAAUGAAUGUAAAGAACUAUAUGGGGUAUUACCUUAUGUAGCACCAGAAGUUUUAAGAGGAAAAGAAUAUACUCAAGAAAGUGAUAUAUAUGGAUUUGGAAUUAUUGCAUAUGAAGUCUGUACAGGGCUUCCUCCUUAUUAUGAUAUUGCUCAUGAUAAAUUCUUAACUAUUAGCAUCUGUCAAGGACUUAGGCCAAAAUCAAAUUAUAAAAUUCCUCAAUUAAUUCUAAACAUAAUUAAACAAUGUUGGGAUGCUGAUCCUUUAAAACGACCUAAAGCAAAUGAAUUACAAAAUUUAUUUGACAAGUUACAUUAUGAAUCAGCAUAUGAUAAUAAUGAAAAUGAAAUCAAAAGGCAAAUUGAAGAAGUAGAUAAAAUUAAUGAGAAGUUAACUUCCUCUUCAUUAUUAUAUAAUGGACCUACUUUUUCAUAUACUACAAAUUCUCAAGCAGUUUACACGAGUAGACUUUUAAAUUUUAAAAAUCUUCCAGAACCAAAAAAUGCUAUUGAUAACAAGGAUGAUGAUGAUUCAUUUGGAGAAUAUCCAGAAUCAAUAGAAACAAUAGAUUUUACUAAACUAGACCUAGAUAAAAGUAACUGAAUUAAAGAAAGGAAUUAGUACUGUUUAUUUUCUUUACCAUUACUACAGUAUAUUUUAUUGGAAUAUAUUUUUUAUGAUUAAAUAAAGUAUUUAUAAAAUUAUAUGAAAAAUAAAUAUAAUGAAUU